CAUUGGAACCAGAGAGAGGGGGGCGUUGGUAGCUUUAGUUAAAAGAUCUCUCUUUUACACUUGCUUUCGUCAUCUUCUUACCCCACAACAGUUUCUCUCUCUCUGUCUGAAUUCCGGCAUCUUACUUCUGUUUCGUCGAACCCGUGACCUAAUCUCAAUUCAAAUGGAUUGAAAGAAUAACUUCACCUGUCAAGUCUGUGUCCGGAGAUCUCCUCCCUUCCCUCUUAAAGGCGCAGACUUUUUGAUUGUUUCUCCAAAGUAUCGAUCGAAAGUUAGGAUCUUGUAGGGUUUGGAGGAUCUGGCAGUUGUGUGUAGAAGAGAGCUGUAAUGAAGAGACAAUGUAGGAUUUGGUUGCCUAAGCCCCUUUCAUCAACUGAUGAUGAUUCGACUCCUCACAGUCUCUUGUUUGGAUGGUUCGUGUCCCACUCCUCUUCUUGUCUCGACGUUGUUGUGGCCUUCAUCACUGAUGAAGUCUCCUUAUCCCGCGGAUCUAGCCUCCAAGAAAUUCUCAGUGAAACAAAUGAGAUGAUGCCUUUGACCUUACCGGAUAAAGCCGCCUUUACUCUUCUUGGUUGUUAUGAUACAUGUCUUAGUGCUAACGGAAACGCACCCAAGAAUGCAACAGAUGAAGAUGGAUCUUAUGGUAGUCUUUGCAGAUACAGCUGUGGCUGUCAUAAGGUUGAUGGCUUAUUAGAGGAGUUCAGGAAAGAUUCUUUGAGCAGUCACUGGAUUCAUAUGGUGCACGAUUCUUCUAGGGAGCGUGGGAUUAGAAUGCAUCAUAUACAUUGGAAUGAGGAUGUUGUAUCUCAAUGUGAUGUUCACCAUGGACAUUGUCAGGUUAUAGUCUAUGACACUCCAGUGUUUGGUUCUCACCAUUUCUCGUUAAGCUUCUGGAAUGCUUCUCCUCAGACUAAAGCUCCUCUUCAGAAACCCAAUUGGGUUAAUGAUCUUCACAAGAGGCAACCUCUGAUUGAAAUGGAAACUGUAAUUCUUUCCAUAAAUUGCGCCGCAUCUGCUGAGAUAGCCUAUAAGAAGCUAUCCACGCAGCUGGAGACUUCUUCCAGGAAGUCUUCUGUUACUUACCUGAUAUCUACUUUGGCAUGGUGGUUACUCGCCACGCUUUUAAGCUCUUUAUCAAGUCUAUACUACAGCCUUCUCCAGUUAAUAUAUGUACUUUCAAGUUUUCCUAUUUUCUCAUGGGGGCGUAUAGCAUCAAAGAGAUUACUCAAGAAUACAUGGAUCAACUUCAGAGUACGCAGUUGUCAGAUCUUAUAUUGGCCAACCCUCCUUCAAGAGAAUGACACGAGAUCCAUAUCCUGUGUGGAAGAUGCAGAGAAAGCUUCACUGCAGAGACAUUCUACGUGGUCAGCCAUGGCUGUUGAUCUCGUCUUGGGGAACUUGGUUGGUCUAGGUCUAUUGUUUAACACCGGAUCUGUCUGCUCCUGGUUAUUCCACUUUGCAAAGGAGUUUACAAACGACAUACUGCGAUCCGGUUGUGUGUGGUUGAUGGGAGUCCCAGCAGGGUUUAAGCUAAACACAGAGUUGGCUGGAGUUUUAGGAAUGGUGUCUCUUAAUGUAAUCCAAAUAUGGUCUACUCUCUGGAUCUUCAUGGCUUCUUUCAUCUUUUAUUUGAUCAGAGCAGUUGCCGUCUUGGGAAUCACCUUUGGUGCAACAGUUUCUGCUGCAUUUGUCAUAGAUGUCAUUACUUUUGCAACGCUUCAUGUAACUGCUCUUCACUGGGCAAUCACACUUGUCUACUCUCACCAGAUUCAAGCUUUAGCAGCUUUGUGGAGGCUUUUCAGAGGACGAAAAAUGAAUCCUCUACGACAAAGGCUGGACAGCUAUGGCUACACUGUGAAGCAACAUGUAGUGGGAUCUCUUCUGUUCACUCCUCUUCUGCUUCUCUUGCCAACAACUUCAGUAUUCUACAUCUUUUUCACCAUUACAAGCACUACAAUCAACUCCGUAUGUAUGUUGAUUGAAUUCGCCAUCUCUAUCGUCCAUGCAACACCGUAUGCAGAGAUUAUGAUCUGGCUUGUCAGGCGUCAAAGAUUCCCUUGUGGUGUUUGGUUUGAAAUUGAACACUAUAAGAAGAAUAUCCUCAGUUCCUCCAAUGAUAGUCCUGAGAAGAAUCCGUUUCGAAUGGUUUCCAAUCUUCGCAGCAAUUUUUUAAGCAUAGGACAGAUUCUUUUGCCUCACUAUACAACAAUGUUCUCAGGAAUAUCAGCUUCUUCUCUGACUACUUCAGCUCGCGGAGUCCUCAGUGGGAAAAGAAUGCCAUCGAAACUGGGGCUUGAUCUCCCUCCUCCAAGGCCAUGGAUGCACAUGCCGUUGAGACAGUACUGGAUCCUAUGCCACGGUUCCAUUAUCUCAUCCUCAGAAAAAGUAUCUUCUUUCAGGUUCUAAUCAUGAUUUGUCUUUGGAGAAGGAACUACCAAAAGCAUCUCAAUCAUCAUCGUCAUAGGACUG